AUGAAUGUUGAAUUAUAAGAAGUGUUAGAAGAGUUAACUCUUACAAACAUGAUUCAAUUUGAUGACUUAAGAGACAUUGGAUAAUUUUAGGAAGCCAAUAUUUUUGCAGCAUUACCACAUGCUAUGUUAGUUCAUUUACCAAAGCUAUGGGAACUUAUUGUCACAAAUCAAUAAUUUAUGGUUAUAGCAGAUUCACCUUAUCAGUGCAGUGAAAUUAUACUUGGAAUGAUUAGCUUAAUUUCACCUAUGAAGUAUAGUGGGGAUUACAGACCAUAUUUCACUAUUUAUGAUAAGGAAUUUCAAUAAAUCAAUUAGGAACUUGAAAAUUCAAUAGUUCGAAAUAUCAUUAUAGGAGUAACCAAUCCUUUCUUUCUGAAAGCUUUCAAAAAAUUUCCAAUUAUUAUUAGAUGUGAUUCAUAAGCAUAAUAGAUCAGAUUAUUAACAUAAGGCAAUAAAGAAUUUUGUUUGCUAGAUGACAAACAAACUUUGAAAAUGAUGAUCCCAAUAAAAAAUGAAGAAACAAAAACAAUUAAUAAUUCAUUAAUAAAAAAGAUUUAUCGAAAUAUGUCUUUAGAAUUCAUUGGACUUUUUGAAAUGUAUUUUGCAUCUUAAUAAAAUUAAGUAAAAAAAUUCGAUGAGAAAGAGUUUUUAGAAUUUACCAAAAACUGCAAAGUCUCAUUUUAGGAUUUGUUUGAAAAUAAACAAAAAUUUGUGAAGCUGUAUCAAACAUUUAUUAGAAGUUCCAAUUUUUUAACAUAUUUGAAUGAUCGCAAAAAUGUGUAUAUAGCGAAAAGCAUUAUUUGA